AUGAAACUCUUCUUUCUAUUCCUGGAAAGUUAUAUUUCUAUACUAUUAUUUUCCGUGCACGCGAUAGACCUGAACGAAUAUCUCGACGAAAAAUUACGGCAAUCCAAGACAGAAUUCAUUAAAAUACAUAUCCAAGAAACAUCACCAGUGCAAGAAAAAUCAUAUAAUCUUAACUGGGACAGAUCAUGGCGAGUUCCUAUAACAAGCGAUCAUCAGCCAUUCGCAAUAGAUAUGCUCGACGGAGUAUUCAUUCUCGACAGCAAUCGUGUGAUGGUACCUUCUCUCAAUGCGACUUCCUGGAAUGAGACUUAUGACACGUUACGCGAAGUUUAUCGGAUCAAAAAGGGAACCGUCAUUAAAUUUGUCAGGAGUAUCAUAUGGAAGAACACCAACUAUCUAUUAGUAUGUUACGAGCCCAGUCUAUGCAGUAUUCACACGGCAAAAUCGAAUCAGCCGUUGCGAUUUCGUCAUACCAUUGGAUACAAACGAAUCCCUGUAGAUGCUAAAUUUUUCAUACAAGCCGAUCAACUAUAUCUGAUUAUCGUCAAUAAUGCCAACAAAUUUCCCAUAUCAUCCGUGAUCUACCGAUGGAGCGGCACAUACAUGGACGUCGUCGACGAAAUGAGGAUGACCGGCGCAAUAUCGGUCACCGCAUUCGAGCACCGGCGAUCAACGAUCAUUGUAUUCGCCCAGAAUUACGCCGAGAAUCCGUGGAUCGGUUCCGAAGUGUAUGAGUUCAAGGACAAUAACAUCGUAAGGAUACAAUUACUAUCCACUGCUGGUGCAUCACGUCCGACGUCGGUGCAUCACUACAUUCAUGGCGACUUCAACUUCAUACUGAUGAUAAAUGAUUUAGGACCGAGCGAUGUGUUCUGUUGGGACGGAGGAGAAUUGCUGGAUUGGUUCAGCCUUCCUGACAUCGAACCGUAUAGUCUGAUAAGAAUUUUUCACAUAGACGGCGAUACUUUCAUAGUUGUAGCGCACGAUAAUAUUAUCCAGCUAUAUAAAUUUCAUAGUACAUCCGAUUGGAAAAGCGAAAAUGUUAAACUCUUUAAGGAUAAUCAAAAAAUAGUUGAUAUGAUAGUCUUAUUGAACGAACAUACAAUAAAUUUAACAUUGGUCCUUGUAGAAAAAAACGUAUAUUGGGUGGAACAAUGGGAAGUUGAGAUGACUUUGGUACCAGUAGAUAACAAUGUGAAUAAUACCGAUGCAACAAGAAAAUGCUUAUCGGAUCUGAUCGAAACGUUACAAGCGAGAAUGUCAGCCGUAAAAGAAGCUAAAGCUUCCUGGAAGCUGCUCUUACCAGCUGCAAAGAAUUUGACAAUUUCAGAGCCAGUGAAUUUUGACAGUUUGAUCUUGCGAUCCGGCAUGGUGGACAGCGCAGAGGUUGUGACUGAAGAAGAUAUCCUGUCACCUCAUCAAAUUGCAAAAGCUCUGAAAGAACUCGAUCGCAAUGUCCACAACGUCCAGGCAAAACAAUUAAAUUCGCAAGAGAUGACUGCUGAUAUAUUGGAAGCGUUCAAGGAAAAGAUUAUAGCUAAUGAUGUAUAUCUGGAUGAGUUGGAAAUCGACCAAAUGCAAGUGGAUUUCGUGAACAACGUGAAUAUGCAGUCGGAGAAGAUAAUUCCCUUUGAAACUGAAGAGUUCGCAAAUCUGUUACGUGCGAAAAAUCUCAUUAUACACAAUCUCGAGGUUGACUCUCUCUGUGGAAUACCGCCCGAAUAUUGGUUGUUACAAAAUGACGAAGGAAUUGGGUCUGCCAUUGCAAAUAGUUCUGUCGAGUAUUCAAAUGAUACUCUUAUAUUGCAUUCCGAUUUAACAGUACCGACAUUAAAGAUUAAAAACCUGAAUGGGACAAUCAUCGAUCAGUUGAUGGACGAUUUAUUUAUCAUUAAUCGCGCUCAGAAAAUCAAUGGUACGAUCACAUAUAAGAACUCGCUGCAAAUUAUGAAUCUUACGGCACAAAUGGUGAAUGGUGUUUCUACCGAUAAACUUAUGACUACAACAACAAAUCAGAGUUUUGAUGAUUUCUAUGCGAAAGCGUUACACAUUGAAAAUCUGUAUGCGGAAAGAGUUAAUGGGGUGCCCGUUGAGGAAGCUGCACGAAAGUCUCGAAAGAACGUUAUUGAGGGUAAAUUAAAGUUGGCGAAACUUACCGUUACCGAGAAUUUGGUGAUCGACACGAAUGAGUCUAUGAUAAAAAUGCCCGAUAAGUGGCUUCAGAUCUACAAAAAUGUGACGAUACUAGGUGAUCUGCAUGUUCAGAAUAUCAUGGUCGACAAGACAGCGAAGCUCUUCGUGGAAGAUAAUCUGGUAAACGUGACCGACAUGUUCGAUCGAUACUGGACAAAAUCUACCGAUCAGACUAUCACCGAAAAAAUCACUUUGGAAGCCGGAUUCACUAUCGAUAAACUUGAUACUAAGUACCUCAACGGUUUCGCGGAGAGCGACUUUCUAUAUACCACGAUGAAGGAGAUACCGAGCGAUUUCACUAAUCUGCGCUUCGAGAACUUCCACGUCGAUCAAUUCUUUCAUGAGAAUGGUCCUCACGAUAAUUUCUUCGAAGUUGAACCAAAUUCAUUAACGAUCCGAGAAAAGUUGCACGUACAAACUCUCCGAGCGAAAGAUAUCAUUACUCUAACUUUCAAUGGCAUUAAUGUGAACGACAUCAUGAAUGAGACGCGUGUGAAUUUCUCAGAAACCGUGGAACUUCCCGCUGUUCAAGCAUGUCGUGUCUUCGUUGAUAAUCUCGAUGUUCGUUUUAUCAAUAAUCGCGAAGUCUUCUUCGAGAACGGGCUUCACACCGACGACAAUCAUCGGCUAGCAUUCUUGAAGGUACCAGAGUUUCACGUACAAAAUUUGGAAGUGGAGACAUUGAAUGGGAUUGAGAUAAAUCAGACGCGAUUGAAAGAUUUGAUGAGUUCUGAAUCAAUUAAAAUCGUUAUCGACGGUGAUUUGACGGUGGAGAAUCUAAUGGUUGAUCAAGUGGGUGGGCAAUCGACCGAGAGUUUCUUAGAGGAACUGUCGCAAAAUGACAUUGUGAUAACGUCAGAAAGAAGCAUCGAGAAUUUGAUCGUUCAGAACAUAACGAUAGAAUCUCUUCGUGGACGUAACUUCAAUGAUUGGACCGCCAGUGUUCUUUCUAAAUCAAAGGAGCAAACGAUAACAGGAUACUUCACUGCUGAUGUUGUCAUCUCCGACAAUGUCACAGUGGAUUUUAUCAACAAACAAAACGCUUCGCAACUGAUGUGGGUGGACGAGCCUCUGACAAUCAUGGGCAACGUAACGUUCACCGAUCUAUUGGUCGAAGGCGACGUGAUUACUCCAAAAAUGAAUGGACGCAACGUAAGCGAGUUAUACGAUAGCUUGUUGUACAUUCCCGUAAAAAAUAUCGACCUCUUGGAAGUCCACGGAAAUAUUUCCUGGGACACAGAUUCAACUAGUCCUGCUUCUAUCUCUCAUCUAUUAAAUAACGCUGUGACCAAAGAUAGGGACCAAGUUAUUACGGGAAAAGUGAUCUUUGAAGAGGAUGUUCGUGCGUGGGCGGUUAGAGGUAAUUAUUCAAACAUCGAGCAAAUUCAACAAAUAAUAUCGGAUGCCGUGAUCGACUACGGAGAACACAUCGAGAUCAACGGAACGAAAAUCUUCGAGGAAGACUUUGUCGUGGACAAUUUGAAAGUGAAUGGCGAUUUGGGUAUUGCCAAUAUCAAUGAUGUGAAUAUCCUCGAGUUCAAUAAUUCUGUCUUUAAACAGAAUCACGAUGACAUGAUUGUUGGUCCGUUAAUAUUCCUUAAGGAUGUUACGGUCGAGAAGCUUUAUGUAAACGACGCCAAUCUCAACGCGUCCGUCAACGCAGCAGUCCGUUCCAACGACGUUAUGCCGGACAAUAUUUAUUUCGAGGAGCUCGAGGUACUGGGUGAUGUGUAUCUACAAAAUUUGAAUAAAAUUGACUUUGACAAGUUUGUAAAGGAUCGUGUCACUCUUAGCGGAGAUCAUGAAAUUACGUGCGAUAUGAAAUUCAAUGGUAUCGUUACAGUAACAGGCAAUGCAAAUAUAAGAAAAAUUAAUGGAAUUUAUCCAUCUAAUUUUGUCCUCAAUGACGUUGACGAGGUGCAAAUAAUAGAUGGCGUAAAGACUUUCAAAGAGGACUUGAUAGUUGAUGGAGACGUUGUUGCGCCACUAAUUAAUAAUGUCAAUAUAAUGGAAAAAUAUAACGACGGUAUACAAAAUAAUGAUGAAAAUGUCGACAUCUUUGGUGACCUUAUUUUCAAGGCGGAUGUUCGGAUUAAAAACAUAAGUACUUCUGGAUUUGUGAACGGCGUGAAUCUGCAUUCUGUCGCUAACAAUUUCAAAGGAAAGAUAGACAAUAUUAUUGAGAACUUGGAGAAAUUUUGGAAAAUAAUCGAACAGAAUAUCGAGUACAGCUCGCAAAUGUCCAAAACCUUGCGCAACAUUUUUUUCUAUCUAGAGGAGGAAGAAGAUUUAAAGAUACCUGGGACCAAUGUCAGUAAGAUCGAUGUAGUGUAUUUUGACGAGAACACGGUCAGGUUGAAUAUGUAUAGGGAGCAACCUGGAAGAUUUUGUGGGCUACUUGACAACUGUUCAUGUACGUAUCAGUCUGUGAUUGAUGUCAUUAAAUUCAGUGACACGAACAGAACUAUACGAGAGUGGCGAGUAAACGCCGGGGAAAUUGUGAAAAAUUUUCACGAUCCAGGCGAAAUGUUCGGUGUGAAUAUAAUGACGAACACUGUUUCAAGCAGCAAAGAAUGCACCUCGAAAAUCAGAUCAGAAUAUACUACGAUUUCCUUGAUGACAAUAGAAAAUUUUAAAAUGAAUCACGAAGAAGUUUUUCAUAAAAUAGAAGGCUACCUAAAGGAUGCUAAAAUUUUUAAGCAUGACGGCGAUGUGUAUAUAGUUUUGGCGAUAUACUAUGAUAAAGUACGUGCAACACAUCGCACAAAUUCUUUGCUUUAUAAAGUGCAUUCGAUAAGAAACGCAACGUUAGUGCAGAAAAUUCCUACGGAUGGUGCUUGGUCCAUUCAGAUUUUCAAUAUCGAUCACGAAGUAUUUCUUCUUAUCGGCUGUUAUAGCGAGUCCUUGAAAUCUUUAUUAUACAAAUUCGAUCCAACAACACAAAAGUUUGAACAGUUGAGAACAUUCACAAGCAGAAGCCGUUAUGUAAAAAGUCUAUCACAAGAAAAAGAUUAUUUCGUUCUACUGGACAAUCCUGAUACAAACGCAGUGAACAUUUAUAAAUACGACCACGAGUUUCGAAAUUUUUAUAGUUAUCAAAGCAUUUUUCAUUCCCAUCAGAUUAACGGGAUUGAGUAUUUCUACACCGAUGAGUAUGGCAACAGCGAUGUGUUUGUGAUUGUGACGACCCAGAGUGGACAGUUUUAUAUUUAUGAAUAUAUGUUUGCCGGGAAAUUCCAAAUGAAAAUGCAACACGCCGUGAAUGGCUUACAAACGAUGAUGCCAUUCUACCACAUGAACAAUCAUUAUAUUUUGGCUGGCACAGACGACAACAACAUAAUUUUCCGCAUUAUAAAACAGGGUCCACAUUAA